AUGGCCAUAGAUGAUAAGAGCAGUCGAAUCAACAAACAGCCCCUGCUGAUAUCAACCGGCGUCUUCUUCGCUCUCGCCAUCGUUGGAGUCAUCGUACGUUUUGUGCUCAGGUUUGGUGUGCAGAAACACAAGUUCCAAGCCGACGAUGGAGUGCUUAUAGUAGCCACCGUCUUCCUAGUGGCAAGUACGGUGGUCAUGUAUCACAAGACAGUCUACAUCAUGUAUCUGGUGGACGCCAUUGCCCUUGGGCGUUUGGAGGUACCGGCGAACAUGGUAGAGUUGUCAAAUGAGGACCACACGUGGACAUUGGCCACUCUGAUGCUCACCUGGUGCGCGAUAUGUGCUGUCAAGUUCUUUUUCCUGGUGUUCUUUAGAAAGUUGAUCGAUCGUCUACGUCUCUGGCAAAUCUACUGGUGGUUUGCUUGCUUGUUCAAUUUCGGUCUCUUGGUUUUUGGACUGGUUGCCUUCUGGGUGACCUGCCCCCAUCGGGGUGCCGCUGCUAUCCUGGCUAUCCCGGUCGGUGUGAUAUGGAAGGUUCGCGCAGACUGGACCCAGAAACUGGCCAUUGCAGGCUCCCUAUGCAUAGAUGUCGUCCAGGUUGGACUGUCCAUAGCUCGAGCCGCCGGUCUGGAACACGACGGUCACGCAGAUGGCAUCUUCGAAAUGUACACCCUUUACAUAAGCGCCGCGCUGGGUGUCUUCCUUGCAGCCGCCACUGCCUUCCGACCGUUCAUAAUGGCCAAGAAGCAUAGCAAGGCCUACACUCCGCCCUAUAGCCCAUGGGCUAACAGCUUCUCGAACCAGCGAAAGAGAGGAUCGGACCGUAGCGAAACCAGUGGUUGGUCCGGACAGACACCUACCCCUACUACGGGCGACUUCGAGCGGUUGACCCCGGACAGCAAGGAUUCAGACAGUCGCCGAGAUGACCCGGAGUGGCAUGCCAUGUCGAGCACGAACUCCAGUGCAACGGACUGUGCAAGCGUAGUGCGCGACCACAGCAUGGCUGAUGAUCCCGUGGAGGUGACGGAGGUCCAACCCGUUAUUGUGCUGAAGCACACACGUUAA